CACACACACACACGGACAGAUAUCAAUAUAUAUUAAUCUCUCUAUAUGUAUACAUAUUAUUGUAUAUAUUAGUGUUUUGAGGCUGGUGCUGACUGGUACAUAAACAAACUGCAGCUGCUGAGACACAAAGAGACCAGUGUCUCCUCCAACACCUCCUCCACCUCCUCUCUCCUCCACCUCCUCUCUCCUCAGACAGACAGACAGACAGACAGACAGACAGACAGAGGGCGCUGUGGGAAAAUACAGUAAUCAUGUUAUUGAUCACAGUGACAGGUUGUGUUUGUGCUCCUAACUAACGUCAUCACUCUGUGUGUGUGUUGAUGUGGAGGUUGUUUAUCAGCAGCUCUGAUACUUCGGUGAAAUAUAAUUUAACAAGUUUUAUGAACAAUCGAGGAAAACUUUCGUUUGUAUUUUGCCGGAUAUUUAAUCGGCGGACUCUUCCCCUUUAAGAGGACUUUCACCUUUAACUCACCUGACGGACCACACCUGAGCCUCUGAGGAGUUUCACAACAACAACAACAGAACAAGAAGGAGAAGAAGGAGAAGGAGAAGAAUAAGAACAAGAAGGAGAAGGAGGACGAGGCGACGGUCGGAUCUUCUUGACACACACACAGACACACACAGUCACACAGACAGACAUACAGACAGCCAACAGGAAACACCAAGAUAAAGGACAGCUGGGGGACGAAGGAGAGACGGGCAGAGGGAGAGGACGACGUGGUGAAGUUGGCCAUGAAAGAGUCCAGCACCCUGCAGUGGCCUGGAGACAGACAGACAGGAGGGCUAACAGGUGGACAGACAGGUGGACAGACAGGUAAAGAUGACAGGGUGAGUGUGAGGUCAGAUGUUUCUCUUCGGGAGGCGGUCAGUUGGACAGAAAGUGAGAGGGAGGUAAUGGCUGAGGGAGAGAGGAGGGGGGGAGGGGCAGGUGACUAUGAUGGGGUGGGGCUAAUGACACACCUGGAGGAGGAGGCUGAGCCUAUAGAAAACCACCUGCCAGAUAAGGCAGCUCAGGUGUUCAGUCCAGCAAUGACCGUCCUCCCCUUGCCCUCCUCUACUAGAGAGGGUGAGGCAUUCUGGGAAAUGGAAUCAGAGAAGAGCCCCUUCCUGAGUCCCCGAGGAGCACCACAGGACUACAACCAACAUGGCUACCAGUUCGAGUGGUCCGAGGACCCGCCCCCUGCCACAUGUGGGCGGGGCUGUCCCAGUAGGGAUGUUCUUAAAGUGGGCGUUUCACUGAUGACAUCAGCGCUUUUCUUCCCCUUCCUGGUUUGGGGGGGGUUUGUCUUCCUGCCGUUCGAUGCCCCGCUGCUGGAUGGCGCCCCACUCAGACUUGUCUACACACUGCGCUGCUCUGUGUUCGCUGCUGCCCCCAUCAUCCUUGGUUGGCUGGUGCUGGGUGUCAGUCGGCUCAGGUAUGGAGUGAUUCGGCCUCUGUUUGAUGACACAGUGAAGGAAGCAGAGCUUCAGGAGGUUUCUGUCCAUCAACGCUUUGUCUCCGACUCGACCUCCCUGUUCCUGAUCUACUUCCUGCAGCUGGUCGUCAUGGCGAUAUACCUGAGCCAGGAGCAGCUGAAGCUUGUCCCUCUGCUGACGGUCGUCUUUGCUUUCGGGCGGCUGCUUCAGACUUUGAAGGAAGGCUGGUUUACUGGGUGGCCGCAGCUUUUGGCAGCAGCAUCCGUGGGUUUGGUUUCGGCCUCUCCUUCCUGCCGAGUCUUGUCAUGAUGGCUGCAAACACCUACUUCAUCUUCACAGUGGAGGCAGCAGGGUCCAUCUUCAGCCUCCCAACCCUUCCUGAGGAGGUGCUGGCUCCACCCGCCGGCAGACAGAGGUUCUGGGGAUGAGAGCAGAUCACUGAUCAGUAACCUUUCAGUAGGGAUGAAAUGCAUUUAGUUUGUCAAAUGUUGUUGAAUCAAAAGUGUCUUUUUUCUUAAAAACUUUGUUUUAUUUUGAAAUAUUUCAAGAGGUUAAAGAAUCAGACACUUUCUGUACAAUGCAAAGCCCCGCCCACUCAUUUUGUAACCUCACCCACUUUGUUUAUAACCCCACUACACCUGACAUUCGUUGUUCUGGGGGAUGGAGUCUCUUUUCCAGGUUGAUAUUGAACAAUUUUCCGUUUACUUUGUGUAGACUUCCCUGUCAGUCUGUGUUUGUAUUCAUUGUUUUAUUUUGUAAAAUGACUUUUAUGAUCAUUAAACUUUUUAUGAAGAACAUUCCAAAGUGAAACUGGUUGUUUCCUUUUCAACUUUUUACACUCUUGAAGACUUUGACCUUGUUUUCAAAUAUGAAUGAAAUAAACUUUCCCAUGUGAUAA